CCGCUAGGGGCGGGGCUCCACUUCCCGCUCUUGUUCCCUGGGCCCUGGCAGCCAGCCCCUUCCACGGAUAUCGCCGGGAGAGCUGGGCUCGGCUCCCCGCCCCUGUGCCUGCUUCCCCCUCCCCGCCCAGGGGGGCUGGCCUGGGGCCUCCAGUAGUGCUGGUGCCUGAGUACCGCGGGCCAGUACGACUCAGUGCAGCGCCUGAGGGCGAAGGACGUGCGGACACUGGGCCAAUAGAAAAGGAGAAACAUCCCUGAUGUGGAGAGAAAGAGAUACCAAGUACAGCAGAGGGGCUGCCAAAGGUCCACCUGGAGUGGACCAAGGUGUCUUUAUCAGUCCCUACCCCGCACUGCCUUCCUCGCCUGAUGGAUUCCUUUGACCGUGCCUCUUCCACUAAUUCAUAGACCUCAUAAAAAUCUUCCUCCUGUGAGUCCAUUGAAGUGCAGCAAGAGAUCCCUGAUUCUAGGAAGAGGGACUGUGAGUGAGGCUACAACUUAGGGCCAAUGCUGCCCUCAAUCCUCUGUGAAGCUCAUACGUCUUAUACAAAGAUUAAAUAUAGCAGGUUUUGCCAAGGCCGUUGUGCAAUUGAGCAUUAUUGUCAUUUUUUGUGCCACCAUGUGGUAAAAUUAUGAACUGCAUUUUUAUACUAAAAUAUAUUAAGAAAUCUGCUGUAGUUUGAAUAUAGCCUCAAUGUGGCCUUUAAAUAUUAGUUCUUCCUAGGAUAGCUCCACCUAGAAAAUACUUACGUUUAAAAGAAAAAGACAGCUAAUAAAGCUAAAGGGAGAAAUGGCAGCCUCCUCUUCAUCCUCUUCAGCUGGUGGAGUCAGUGGAAGCUCUGUAACUGGAUCUGGGUUCAGUGUCUCAGACCUUGCCCCACCACGGAAAGCCCUCUUUACGUACCCUAAAGGAGCUGGAGAAAUGUUAGAAGAUGGCUCAGAAAGAUUCCUCUGUGAAUCCGUUUUCAGUUAUCAGGUUGCCUCUACAUUAAAGCAAGUGAAACAUGAUCAACAAGUUGCUCGCAUGGAAAAACUAGCUGGUUUAGUAGAAGAAUUGGAAGCAGAUGAAUGGCGGUACAAGCCAAUAGAGCAAUUGCUGGGGUUCACGCCAUCCUCAGGCUGAAAGCUUUGGAAUCACUGGUGUUGAAAGACAACACAAAUAUACACCACUAAGGACUCAAAUGUGCUCUCAUUUAUAGUGUGUUCCUAGCUCCAUCAUAUUUUUAAGUACACAUCAGGUGGUGCUGUAAUCAUAUCCAGUAAGUUACAACAAUAAAACUGUAAAUCCUUGUAGUCUUCUUCAUGGUAGACAUUUGGUAAUAAUUCAGCAGGGCCUCCUUGCUGUAAUUUGUGAUACAGUAAGUUUUAAAGACAGAAUAACCUGUUUGUUUAAAGGGGAAGGGAAGGUUAUUGUAAAAAACCCAAUCAUUUAUACUCACAGUGGUGUGUACAUGCCUGAACUGGCCAGGUAAUAUCAAUCAUUCAGGACGUAGAUACUUUUGCUAUUAGAGUUCAAAUCCUGAAGGGCAAAAGCAUGGGGUACUGAAUGGAAAGAAGGUUCUUGUUGAAGAUGAAUGUGAUAACUAACUGUGCAGGGUGAACUGAAGGGGAAAAUGUUAACUGAUUUCUAUAUUUAGAGCUCCUUGUUUUUGCUGAAUUUUUUCACUCUGCUGGAAUGUUUCUUUUUUGCCUGUAAACAAGGUAUUAGGAGAAUGGAAUUGUUUAAUGCAGACACAAUGACUCAAGACACUGAAAUCUGUUCUCACUUUACUAAAGUGUACUAAAAUUGUUUCAUGGCCAAUAAACAUCAAGAGUUUGAAGUC